AUGACAUCCUCCAGCUCCCUCGUCUAUGUCGUCUACCUCCUCCUCUUCAGCCUUCCCACAACAGCAUUCGCUGCCAAAUGCGCCGCCCCGCCUCUCAAUCUCCCCUACCGCAACGUCUCGAUUACGCCCGGCGUGCUCACAUACGGAAUCCCAAUACACAUCGGCUCGCCAUGGCAGUCCGUCGCCCUAACGCCCUCGCUCCAACUCGACAACACGUUCAUCCCGCGCUUUACAAACACCUGCGUGCACAACGACGCGAUGCCCAUGUCCAGCAACAACGCGACACGGCGCUCCAUCCCACUCGUCAAGCGCAAAGAGCACCCCGGCUCCUUCGAAGAGAACAGCAGCAGCGAUGGUGCUGGAAAAACUGGCUGGGAGGGCGACAACUGGUGGGUGCAAUGCAGCGAGCUGUACGGCGGCGGGUACGCGCCAGAGCUCUCGUCCAGCUUCCACGACAACGGGACGAACGACCAGGUGCGCGAGAGCUGGCUGAAAACCGCGGGGUUCUCGGACUGGCACUUCGUUACUGAACAGUUUGUCUUGGCUGAUUAUCUGGAUGUGUAUGCGCGGACGAAUGAGGCUUUGCCGGAGAAGACGAAUCUGACGACGAGCUUCAUCCUGCCGGAUGCGGGGGCGCUGUUUGGCGGCAUGGGCGCGUCGGCGCUGGGGAUCACGCCGAAUUCGACACUCUUGAGGGCGCUGCAUGAUGUGAAGAUGAUUCCGUCGACUUCUUGGACUUUGACGAAUUCAAGCUUGUGUCUAGGUUGUACGGACGCGAAUGCGCACACGAGCGACUUCCAAUCGUUCAAGCCGGCGGAUCGAGCGGCGGAUUCGAAAUUACCCUGCCUUAUCCAAGCGAAAGUCGAAGCGUUGAACUGGCACCCGAAAAAGGGUGUCGAAGGCGCGACCUUGAUCCAGGACACGUUCACUGCGUGCAUUGAUCCCGGAGUCAAGUUCCUAGUGUUGCCGGACGACGCGCGGGAUGCGUUCAAGGAGAUCGUGGAGCGGGAUGUGAAAGGCGAGUAUGAGGAUUACAUUGCGUUCAAGGGGCCGCCGAAAGAGGAUGUCGGGAUUUUGACGUUCAGGCUUGAGGGAGGCCUGGUGGUCAAUGUGACUGUGCCUGGAGUCGGAAGAGUCGGAGCGGAAGAGGUGGGCGAGUGGAAGGUACCCAUUGGCAGGGGCGGGUGGGGCGCCUAUGGCAAUCAGACCUGGACGCUUGGGAAGCCGUUUACGGAUCGCGUAGUGAUCAAAUGGGACGAAGGAGCGAAGGAGUAUGGAAUCGCGAACUUGAAUGAUGACCCGUCGAGAAAAGAGGAUAUUCAGCCAUUGGGGUGCGAUGAGUUUCCAAAGGUUGAGAAGAUCGUCACUUCGUCGCCAGGAACGGGGGUACUCGUCGGAUCGGUGAUCGGAGGAUUCGUUGGUGGGUUGGUGUUUGCGAUGGCCGGCUUGUGGUUCUUCAAGAGAGGGGAGAAAGGCGUCAAAUCCAAAUAUGAGCCUCUUGAAGAGACGCUGCCGAUGACCCGUAUCCCAACGGAUAGGCGCACAAUGGAUUCCGCCAUGUCCGGAGCGUUGAGCCCACCAAGUGUGAGGGAAUCGAUGCGGUCGCAGAUGGGUUCGCGUUCGGCGUCGCCAAUGGCACCGCAGCUGGUCGCCGAUAACUCCAUUUAUGAGGCUCCCGAGGGUGGGACGGCGUAUCCUACGAAACGAGAACGACCGGAGAUGAGCGGGCUCGGCCUGAGAUGA